AUUGCAAGCAGUACCCCUAGCGGUUGAUUUCAUAGCACAACGUUGUUGAUUUUUUGCGCUCGCUCUUGGGCGGCUUUGGUAGCGAUAUGACAGGUUUAUCUUUGUAAAGUUGGUCGCGCACGUAAAAGUGUGCGUAAAACGCGAAAUGGAACAUGUUCUUGCGGAUUUGCGUCUGCGCUUGUGGCAGCGCGCACUUGUUACGCGCUAAUUUUUGACGUGACUGUAGCUAUUGGAAUCGUUUAGGCAAUGCAUGGCACAGCACCAUUACAGGCAAUGACAAUCGAACGAAAAGUGCGAUGACCAGUAUCUCUCGCGCGUCUUGUCAUUUCUGUUAUUUGACCGUGCCGUUUCGAAGUUUAGUUGCACCGGCAAAUAUGCAUUGUAGACUAUUGGCAUAAAUGUGUGAUACAGCCUAUGAUCAGCUUAUUCUAUUGACCAUUCUUUACCUGUGUUACGUUCUGGUGAGGUAAUAUUCAAGCGAUUGGCUUGCAAGCUCACAGAAUUGUUUACUUUGAAAGCAAGUAUUGCAGUCGGCUUGUCGCGGUUCGGUUGAAUCAUAAUAUGGAACUAACUGACGUUCUGCACACAUUCUGGCGCCGCUCUGCAGCCUAGCAGAGUGGUCUUCAGUUCCUGAAUAGACAUCACCACCAUGGCCCAUCGCGAGGCGUCAAGCUCCAAGCAGUCGGAUGAAGACUCGGGUGCUCCCGCAAAGACGGAUACAUUGGUCCUUCUCUGGAUGAGCUCCGAAAACAAUGCAGUGCGGCGUCCCCCCCUAAAUAAUGAAGAGAUUGCCAACCUAUGUGUCAUUUGCACAUCAUGUGGAUCUCAGGUCAAUCAUCAUGACAAGAGCAAGGUCCGCUUUCACCGAGUUCUCAAUGUCCUUGUCUGUAAGCGGUGCUACAGCUACUAUGGUGAUGGCCAAUUUAAGAAAGAUGACAGUGGCACUGACGAGUACUGCAGCUGGUGUGCAGAAGGGGGAAACCUCAUUGUGUGCGACUCGUGCACCCGCGCCUUUUGCAAGAAUUGCAUUCACCGCAACCUUUCUCGGCGAGAGGUGACCCGGGUUGGUUUACUAAAGGAGUGGCACUGCUAUGUGUGUGAUCCAGCACCACUUGUGCCUAUGGUCAACUAUGCCAAAUUGAUUGGUAACUACAGUCGCCAACUGGCAGAUAGCACAUCAGCGGGCACUUCUGAUUCUAGUGGUCCAAUGAAGCUCAGCGAAGUGGAAUUGCGGAAACUGGCCUUGCAGAAAACAUUUGAACUUCAGCAGUCACUUUCUGAAUUGGCGGCUGGCGGGCAAGAAGAACUGUUGGCAAACAUGAGCAAGCUGCUUCGGAACCACUCCCGCUGCUUGUCUCGCAUUGCCCAAAGUGCAGAAGAAUGUCAAAAGCGCAAAAUGAAGUCCAGAAGAAAGAAACCAGAGCAGAAGGGUGCUAGGGAGGAAUGUCGCGAGUCAUCUGCGUCGGUGGACUGCCUGCCCGCUGAUGCAAAGAAACAAACCAAGAACAAAAGGCUGCUUGUGCCGAAUGAAGACUGUGGUCAUUUUAACAGUCCUGACAAGGACUUGAAGACAAAGCACGAGGAACAUAGCAAAGAAGGCAAUAUAUUGGACGCAAAGUCUGACACCCACAGUGCUAUAGUCAACAGCAUGCCAGAAAGGUUGAGUGCAUCAGUAACUGAAGCAGCAGCUGAUAGCUCACGAGGUGAGCAGGACAAAAAUAUUACUGGACUGGACUCAAAAUCUCAGCCUGUUUAUGCCGAGAAGCAGUGGGACGUUGAAAAACCCAUUGUACUGGAAGAAUGCAACAGUCCUAUUGAUUCUUGUGAUGAUGGUCAAAUGAUGAAGAAGCGGGAGGGAAGGACCAAGAAUAGGCAACACAAGCAGAAUGAGAAAAGAAGUGAAUCGGAUUCAACAUCUGGAACAAGCUAUUCAAAAAUGAACAGGGCUACCGAAGAGUUGGGUGCACCACCGAAUAUAGUAGGGGGUGCUAUUUCUGUUGAUGAGGCUGAAAACGAUGUUAGCAGUUCUACGAAAAAGGUCACUGAUUAUGUUGCAAAAGAGUGUUUAGCACAAAUGCCAGAAAAUAAGAAGGAAGAUGCUGCACCUCUUCCCAUUGACAUUCCACCAGUUCUAAGCCUGGGUGAUGAAUUUUCACCAGUGAUCUUAAAUGGUGAAAGUGAGAAUGAGUCGGAAAGCCUUCUUGCUGACCUGUUUGGGAAGCGUAAGAAUGAUAUGGAUAAGUCAGAAAUUAUACCUGAAACACCUCCGAAGAAUGAACAGGAAGAGAAGGCUGGGGACAAACAAGUGCAACAAGACUCUGGAGACCAACUGACUGAUGCAAGACGUCGCGAGUCUGUGAGCACUGUUGACAUGAGUCCGAGCAGUGAAGAUUGUCUUGAGACUGCCGUAAAUAAAGUGGCAAGAAAAUUCGGGAAGAAUGCAGGGAAGGCAAACAGUAGUGCUGAUUCUGUAGAUGAAGACAAUCGAAUGACAGAGAGCUUCUCGAGUUCUGAGGAGGGUAAAAACAAAAGGCAUUUGACACCACAGAAAACUGUUCUUCAACAGAAAAAGCGUACUCCAUUGAGUAAAGACAUGAAAGCACGUCGUGCCUUGAUACGAAGCUUGAACUACACUAGUCAGUCAUCAAGUGAUGGUGAAAAUGAUCCUUCAGCAAGCACACCUCAUGCUCAGAAGCACAGGUCACCGAAAAAAAGGAAGCGUGUCUCUAGUGGUUCAGUUGCACAGUUGAGUGAACCAGCUGACAAGUGCCUCGAAAAAGCCUUUGAGGAAUAUAGCGAUCCAAAACUGGAAAUGACUCCGUCUGUGGAGCUACAGCGCCUGAACAUUGACCCCUCUAUAAUUGCCGCUGCUAAGAUGGAGAUUGAAGGAAGCAUGGGUGAUGAUGAAAAAGCCAUCAUGGACAAUGAAGACAAAGAGAUUGCUAGGCUUCUUGCUCCAAUAAGGAUGACCCGGAAGGCUCCAUCUAAUGAGGCAUCUGAAGGUGAAAAGGAAGCACCUGCAUGUGAUGUGAAGGUGCUUGAAGUUGAAGCUGAAGCGAAGAAACAGAAGGGGCCUAAAAAGCAAAAGAAAGCUGCAAGCAGCAAAAGCCUAGUGUUGGAUGACUCGAGUGAUGACUCUGAUGACGAGGACGAUGCAGAGGUGGAGUGUGGGAGCACCAAGGAAGUUCCUGGCGCAUCAUUCAUGAUGUCGGAGAAUAGUGUGCAGAAAGACUCAUUUCAAGAGUCCUUGCUCCAAGACAUUCUGCACAGCAGCUCUGAAGAAUCCAGUGAGGACAAUACUGUGGAGCCAGAGAAACAUAAAAAGAAACGCAAGAAAGUGGAAGCAAAGGCAGCUGAACCAGAAGACGUCAAGGCUACAGAAGUACCAGCCGAGGAGACAACUGUGAAGGAGUGUGAAAAAGAGGAAGAGGGUAGGGCUGGUAGCUCUUGUGAAGAAGUUGUGAAAAAGAAAGCUGGGAAGUAUGACAAGCUUUUGCGAAAAAAUGUGUUAGCAGGUCUUGACGACCCCAUAUCAGAGAAGGAAGUGAGUAAGGAGUCGGACAAGGAAGAACCAGCUACAAAGCCACAGAAGGGGAAAGCAUCAAAGAAAAGGAAAAUUGUGUACAGUGAUGAUGAAGAUGACUGCGCAAAUAAGCAGCCUUCGACCAGCUCGCUGAGCUCAAGUGAAGAAAGUGCAUCAGAUAGCAGUGAUGAUUUCACACCUAGUCGCAAGAAAAAGGGCAAAAAUACAAAAAAGACUAAGGCUAGUGUGGACGACUCCGAUUUUGCAGAAAGCAAAUCUAAGAAGGGGGCCUCAUCAUCUUCAGAUGUGAACAAGCGCAAGAAAAAGCGAAAGCGCAUCAGGGUGGCUUGCUCUACAGCUGAUGAGAAUGAUGACGACGACAGCUGCGUGGAGAUACUGCCGGGUUCUAGCCAAGACGCAGAUGGCAAGAGUCGCAAGAACAUUCGCAAGCUCAUCUCUGACAAGAAGCUUACGCAGGAGACUAAGGCUGCUGCAUUGGCUGAAGAGGAGAGAAAGAAGCGCAUUGCAGACAGGCAGAAGCUGUAUAACGAGACCUUCGGAACUGUACCCAGUGAUGCCGAUACCAAAGUAAAACAGCUGGUGCUUGAAGUGGACCUGAAGACCAAGGAAACACUUGUGGAGGUUGACAAAAGCCUUGUCACGUCCAUGAAGCCUCACCAAGUCAAAGGUGUCAAAUUUAUGUAUGAUUGUGUGAUCGAGUCAUUGGAGAUGCUGAAGAAGGAUCCUGUGAAAGGAUCAGGCUGCAUCCUGGCCCAUUGCAUGGGUCUGGGGAAAACAUUUCAGGUGAUAUCCUUCCUGCACACAGUGAUGACUCACAAAGUGUCUGGGCCCUUGCUUCGCACGGCCCUAGUCGUGUGCCCCUACAACACCGUCCUGAACUGGGCCAACGAAUUCGAGCGUUGGUUAGACGAAAAUAAUCUGGACCUGAAGAUAUACGAGACAUCUGCCAUUAAAGUGAAUACCGUGAGGCUGGAGGUUCUGGAAAGAUGGCACAGGAAAGGUGGUGUGGCUAUUGUUGGUUACGAUAUGUUUCGUCGGCUUGUAAAUGCAAGAGGAAAAGGCAGGAAACUUCAGGAGCGCUUGAGGAAAGUGCUGCUUGAUCCAGGACCAAGCAUGGUGGUUUGUGAUGAAGGACAUGUGUUGAAGAAUGACACCACCGGCUUGUCUAAGGCAAUGAGCGAAUUGAGGACUGGCCGGAGGAUUGUGCUGACUGGAACCCCCUUGCAGAACAACCUGCAAGAGUAUCACUGUAUGGUGAGCUUUGUUAAGCCAGGCCUCCUAGGAACCAAGAAUGAGUUCCGGAACCGAUUUGUGAACCCUAUUGCCAAUGGAGCGUGUGCAGACUCGACAGUUCAUGACGUAAAACUGAUGAAGAAAAGGGUCCACAUCCUCCAUCGCCUUCUGGACGGAUGUGUGCAGCGCUGUGAUUACGGUGCCCUGGCUCCAUUCCUGCCUCCCAAGUGUGAGUAUGUGAUAAGCGUGCGGCUGUCGGAGGUGCAGGUGGCACUAUACCGGCACUUCUUGGAGCACCUUGCUCGUGGCCGCCGCCAACAGGCAGGGGUAGGCACUUCGCUCUUCUGGGACUUCAACAUGCUCCGCAACAUCUGGACGCAUCCAAUGCUGCUUGAGUUGAGCGCUGAGAGGCUUGCUGCAAAGGAACUUCUCAAGGAAGAGGACGACGAGAGCGAUAUGGCCUCCUUCAUUGAUGAUGGGUCAUUGUCUGAAAAGAGCACCCCGGAUACAAAUGAUGAUGCUGAUGCUGUCAUCUGUUUGGACGAUGAUGGACCCAAGACCAGGUCCCAGAAGAGGGGUAGGGAGAAAAACAAAGACGCCAAAGAUGACGCAAGCAGUGGGGAUGAAGUUAUAUCAUCAUGGCAGACGAGGAGCCGAGGUAAUCCAGAUGAACGGCCACCCACGCCACCAAGACCAGAAAAGAAGCAAUGGUGGGAUCAGUAUAUUUCUGAAGAAGACAUGGAGAAGCUGCAGAUCAGUGGGAAAAUGAGUCUGCUGUACAAUAUCCUCCAGGAAUGCGAUGCUAUUGGCGACAAAGUAUUACUGUUCAGCCAAAGCCUGCUGACCCUCGAUAUGGUGGAAAGGUUGCUCGACCACUGUGAUGAACGAGCAGCCGCAGUGGACCCCGAGACAGCCCUCGUGGACCCUGCAGACCCAUUGCGUGACUGCCACAACACAUGGGUGCGGGGCAUUGACUACUUCCGCAUGGAUGGCUCAACAUCGGUGGACAUGCGUGCACGCUGGAUUGAAAUGUUCAACGAUGAAGACAACCCUCGUGGCCGCCUGUUCCUCAUCUCAACCAAGGCAGGCUCGCUGGGCACCAACCUUGUGGGCGCCAACCGUGUAGUGCUCAUGGAUGCCUCAUGGAACCCAACGCACGAUGUGCAAGCCAUCUUUCGUGUGUAUCGGUUUGGCCAGAAGAAACCAGUCUUCAUCUACCGCAUGCUGGCACAGGGAACCAUGGAGGAGAAGAUAUACGAUCGCCAGGUGACCAAACAGUCCCUGUCAUGCCGUGUGGUGGAUGAGCAGCAGAUAGAGCGUCACUUCAAUGCGGCUGACCUCCAGGAGCUGUACAGUUUCAGUCCGGACAGCAAGAGCAAUCGACCUACACCCAUGGUACCUAAGGACCGGCUGCUAGCAGAACUACUGAUUCGCAACAAGGACUGGAUUGUGUCCUACCACGAGCAUGACUCCUUGCUCCAGAACAUUACUUCAGAGGAACUCACUGAGGAGGAGCGCAAGCUGGCAUGGGAAGAGUACAAGGACGAGCGUGAGGGACGCAUCAACAUCGAUCUUGAUACCCUACCAACGGGUAUUCCAUCAGAGGGCAGUGGGCAGAGCUUCAGGCUUACGCUAGACCUCCAUAAGAUGAUUGCUGAAAUUAAAGUCAAGUAUCCAUACUUGACACCUAAUCAGCUUGUUGAUCAGCUAAGGAGGGUUCUGCUUGCCUACAAGCAAGAGUUCCAGAAGCGACAAAUGAGUGCAUUUGAGAAAAGAACCACGUUCCUCAAGUUCAAGCAGCCAAUACCAAAUGAAAUUAUUACGCAACUGACGGAAUCGGGCAUGGCUAUUCAACAGCUGAACCAGGUCCUUACUAAACUGCAAGGACUUGGAGUGCAGGCGCAGCAGCAAACACAGCCGCAGCAGCAGCAGCAGCAACAGCAGCAGCAACAGUACUAUCAGCAGCAGGCCUACAUGAGGCAGCAGGCUUACCAGCAGGCACAGGCACGUCCUCAGUUUGCACAGCAGCAGGCGCAGUACCAGUUCCAGCGGCCACAGGCAACGCAGCAUGUAAGGCCAGGCAUGUCGCAGGCAGAACAAAUCUAUGCCAGUGCUUACAAUUACUGCAUGGCACGUGGAGUCAACCCUCAGAUGGCAAGGAACUAUGCCAUCAACCAGCAGAGGGUGGCUUUCCAGCAGCUGCUCAUGCAGCAGCAGAUGGGCAGCAACCCCACAUCAGGAAGGGUGGUGGUCUCUGAAGCAGAAGAUGACUCGCACGCUGCAGGCUCGUCGUCUUCCAGUACACGACAGCCGUCGACAUCAUCGGUUGUGAUUACCGAGAUCAUUGACUGAGACUCUGUACCAUGUCCUUGUCUUCUCCUAAACCACUCAUUGAGCAUGGGACUUGCCACCAGCAUCGGGUGUAAGGAGAGCAGUGAGGUGCCACUGCUUUGUGGUGACACCAGUCCUGGUGGCUUCUGAAUUGGGUUUCUGCAUGUAUGGGUUUUCUUUUUUUUUUUUUUUUGGUUGACGGUCAACGUUACUUCAGAUCUGUUGUCGCGGCUGGUGUAGCAGUCAGAGCCAAAUGUUAAAGUUGGUCUUGUUACUGUGACGAACAAUUGGGACUGCAGUUUGAUGAGGUUCUCAACUUAUGGCCACCGUUAAGCAGUUCUGUGUAAGGCACCUCAUCAUAUUUUAUGAUCUGGUUCAAACAGUGAAGACAGCGAAAAUCAGUGCCACUACUGUGACCUUCGAGACAUUAUUUUGUGCAUAUCCAUAACAAACCUUGUUGCAUUUUUAGAAAUGUGUGCUCUUUGGAGAGUGAAAAACAGUGCUGCAAAAAAUGAGACAAAGGAAAUAAUAAACGCACACUUUUUGUUUAUUAUAUUUAGAGCUAUUUUCUACCACACAGUCACCAACCUGACCCGAUAUCUGUUCCUUGAAAUUGCAAGUUUAUGUGUACGUGUUUCAUAAUGCCAGAGGCCACUCGUCUUUUGCAAUACACACAAGCGCCCUUGCAGUGAUGUGUAUGUGCUGAUACAUUGAGUCCCAUUUUUUAAGAACUAUUGCAUUGCACUGAGCAGAAUUUUAAUACUUUUUUAAUGUUUUUUGAGCAGACAUUGGCUCAUUGCACCAGUCGAACCAAAACCUGGUUUUCGAUCACUUGAGUUUCUUGUAUUAUAUGGACUUUCACCCUUGAUGUUGCCAAGAGCUUGUGUAUUCUGCAUUUGUGUGCUGCAGGUUUGCAAAUAACUGCAACUGCUGCGUUUUCUUUUCAUGCGUUAUAAAUUCCAGCAUUUUCUGCAAGUUUGUGUAUCAUGUUAAAUCGCCCAAAAUGCACAAUAAUGUGUGCAUGACUUUCUCUUGCAUAUUUUGUCGCACUGUAUAUAUAAAGGAUAUGGAAUUAUCAUUGCUCUCACAAACUGCAAGGCUUCUGCAAAAUCGUGGAGCUAUAUGUGGUUGUAAAGAUUUUGGGUACAAUGUACUGUGGCUAGAAACACAUCAUAUGCUGACUGUAAAAAAUAUUUUGCAUAGUUGAGCCUGCCAGCUUAGUCUCCAUAAGUUUGCUAUGGUAAUCUUGAGUUUUCUCAUUUUUUGCUUAUAAACAUGGUUUGCAUAAGCUUACACAGUGUAUGUAUGAUUUAAUUUCAAACAAAAGAAUUGUUAUGUUGCUGUGCUAUUCAUGUAUUUCAGACAUGCAUUGCAAACACAAUUGACACCCUAAAGUUGGGACAUAACUUGAGACCUUUCUGGUUUUCCUGAUAGAGAAGCAUGUUGUAUGGGGGCUGUUUUAAAUUUUUUUAGUCAUUUAUUGCUUUUAUGUUCCUUCAGGCCGAUGACCACUCUUUCUUGUACAGUUAGGUUGCGUUCAUGUGAAAGUAAAAAAAAUAUGAUGAUGACUGCUUCAA